UAAAGGAUGAGCAACAGGCUGUGCCCCUGCUGAGUGUAGCACAGCGGUCGGGAUAAAACUGUUUUCAUUCGGUAAACAUUUGUAGUGUAAGCCUUUAUGAUUUAGGGUUGGCUCGUUUUUGUUGAAGCGGGGGUAGACAGCAGGAGAUAACUGCAUAUACGUUGUUUUUUUAAGAAUAAUCAGAUUUGUUCGAGGCCGUGGCAUGGAUGAGGUACGGCCUACCAGUGGUGCUCCAGCCCACGGACUGGUGCCGCUGUUUCCUCCAGGACUGCAGGCUAUCUACGGGGAAUGCCGGCGACUUUACCCCGAGCAGGCCAACCCGCUUCAAGUUACGGCCAUUGUAAAAUAUUGGUUAGGGGGACCUGACCCGUUAGACUACAUCAGUAUGUAUAGGAGUACGGGCUGUCCAGCUCAGGACAUCCAGGAGCAUUGGCACUAUGUCAGCUUUGGACUGAGUGACCUGUAUGGGGAUAAUAGGGUCCAUGAAUUCACAGGGGCAGACGGACCCAGUGGUUUUGGUUUUGAGCUCACCUUUAGACUCAAAAGGGAGACAGGCGAGACGGCACCACCAACCUGGCCGGCUGAACUCAUGCAAGGCUUGGCUCGCUAUGUGUUCCAGUCAGAAAACACAUUUUGUAGUGGCGACCAUGUAUCGUGGCACAGUCCACUAGACAACAGUGAAUCUCGUAUCCAGCAUAUGUUGCUCACAGAGGACCCACAGAUGCAACCAGUUCAUACACCCUUUGGCACAGUUAGCUUUCUCCAGAUUGUGGGUGUAUGUACAGAGGAGCUACAGGCGGCACAGCAGUGGAACGGCCAAGGCAUCCUGGAGCUGAUGCGUGGAGUCAGAGUAGCUGGUGGCCCCUGGCUAAUCACAGACAUGAGGAGAGGAGAGACCAUUUUUGACAUAGACCCACACCUACAACAGGAGAGAGUGGACCAGGGUAUUGAGACCGAGGGUUCCAACCUGAGUGGGGUCAGUGCCAAGUGUGUGUGGGACGAUCUGAGUCGACCGCCAGAGGAUGAGGAGGACAGCCGAUCCAUCUGCAUAGGAUCACAGCCACGGAGGCUCUCAGACAAAGACACAGAGCAGAUCAGGGAAACCCUGAGAAAAGGACUGGAGUUCAACAGCAAGGCAGCGCUACCACCCAUCAGCAGCCAGAGACAGGGCCAUGAGAGACCUCAGAGUCGGAAGGACAGUUUGGAGAGCGAGAGCUCAGCAGCCAUUGUUCCUCAUGAGCUGGUCCGAACACGACAGCUGGAGAGCGUCCAUCUGAAAUUCAACCAAGAGUCAGGCACACUGCUGCCCCUCUGCCUGCGGGGUCGGUUGCUCCAUGGGAGACACUUCACUUACAAGAGUAUCAAUGGAGACACAGCCAUUACAUUUGUGUCUACAGGAGUUGAAGGAGCUUUUGCUACUGAAGAGCAUCCAUAUGCAGCCCAUGGCCCCUGGCUUCAGAUACUGUUGACUGAAGAGUUUGUGGAGCAAAUGCUUGGGGAUUUACAAGAACUUAACACUCGUGAGGAGACAAAGUUACCAAAGGAGUACAGCUGGCCAGAAAAGAAGCUGAAGAUCUCUGUUCUACCAGACUCUGUGUUUGAUAAUCCACUGCAAUGAGACAGAGACACUUCAUCACUAGAACACUACCACCAAAAACCCUGCAGACACACGCUUUCAGAGUGAACCAUCACAAACAGGAGACCUCCCAGAGCAUGCAGCCACUCGGAGCUGUGAGGGCUGUUGCUCCCACAAGUGGAGGGCCAGAGUCUUUUUCACUCCUGAAAGUGAUCUGAGGGAUGUUUUACACACGUUUGACUGUUACUGCAUUCUCAGACUAGCCCCACUGUUUACAACAUUUCUCUGUAUGCUUUUGUGAACGUCAAACCAGCCUGUCCAGAUGGUUGACCUGUAAGAACAAUCAUUAUAGGUGACACACUUGCUGUAGGGCAAAACAGGAUGUUGUCAUUCCUGCAGUAAGGCCUGCCAAGGUCUGUGGUCCAAAAUACACGUCACUAAUACAGCUGAGAACGCAUCCUGUGAUCACAAGACAUAGUGUCUGAAGUGAUAACUACAUUGCUGUUCUCGAAAACAGUUCUAUUUAUUCCACUUGCCUUAGAAAGGACGGAAAAAGUCACGCGUUGAACCUUUUUAUCAGUGUUUCUUUCAAUUGAAUUCCUGUGUAUAGUAUUUACAAAUGCUGGACAUUUUUAUGUGUUUGUGGUCAUACCAAAGUUUUAACUGUUGGCAGUCUGCUGCCAAUCCCGUCUGUGUGUCAAAUGUGUCAUGAGUCUGUAAUAAUGACAUGACGAGCUGAGCUAUGAUUAUCUGAUAUUCACUGCCUGUUUGUGUGGGAUAAUCAAACAAUGAUCUGACUUGUUUUUUGAGGUAUCUGGCAAAUGCUGCAGGUAUAACCACCUCUUCUCCCCUGUGCCAAGAACAUGACUCCUGUAUUGAGUAAUAUUUUUCAUUCUCACGCAUAAUGAUGUGUGUUUUAAAGUUAGGACGUUAACUACACAUGUAUGUUGUAAAUGUUCCAAGGCUGGGAAUCUGUGUCCUCUCUCUCUCUCUCUCUCGAGUUUUUUCUCCAGUGACCACAUAACUAUGAAUUGUGUCUUGUUAUUUUUAUAAGUAGGACCUGCUUGAAAAUGAGUCGGGAGUAAAAUUCCUCAGUGCCUUGUGUUGAAAAAGGACCACAUAUUCUAUGUUGACUCGUAAUGCUGCCUACGGCUCCUAGGUUGUUAAAGAGAAAUGAAUCUGACCUUCAGGGCUGCUGCGAUCAGUCUUUUCCUGAUACCUUUAUUCCAUUUUAACACAGAAACAGAAAAAAGAGACUACUUUUACUAGUGUUUUCUUACAGAAAUGUACUCUUAUACAACAUGUGAUGGCAUCUUAUUUUUGUUUGUCUUUUUUAUUCAGAGUGACAGAUUUCAAGUUUAGACUACGGUAUUUUGUAAUUACUAUCUUAUGACUGAACUGCCUGAUUGUAAUCCCAAGUGCAUUAAAUCGUGUAGGUAUUUACACAAAUAAAGCUGGAACACUAAUGCCGA